GCUUCUCGUUCUCCACCACAUACUCAUCCAUGUCUGCGCUACGAUGGCUGUGCAUGCUAGCUGCAGCAGGAGCGAUUCUCGCACACGUCACGAAUGCCGCAUGUGCCCCGGAUGACGAAGAGUGCGAAGAGCGCGAGUCGUGGGGGCUGCUGAUCAUCCUGGGCUUCCUGUUUGUGGCCAUCUGGACGACGUACGGCCUCGUCUCGCGGCACCUGCAUUACCUGCCCGAGUCGAUCGCGGUCAUUAUCUUUGGCGCCAUCAUCGGCAUCAUCAUCCGCCUCUCAUCGUCAUCCAAUGACAUUGUCAACUUUGAGCCCGACACGUUCUUCCUCUUCCUCCUUCCGCCCAUCAUCUUCGAGUCGGGCUACUCGCUGCACAAGGGCAACUUCUUCCGCAACAUCGGCUCCAUCCUCACCUUUGCCAUUGCCGGCACCCUCAUCUCCACUCUCCUCUUUGGACUCUUUCUCUUUAUGCUUGGCUACAUCGGCUGGGUCUACUACCUCCCGCUCUCGGAUGCGCUCGUCUACGGCGCGCUCAUCUCGGCGGUCGACCCGGUCGCCACCCUCGCCGUCUUCCAGGCGCUCGACGUCGAUCCGACGCUCUCCAUGCUCGUCUUUGGCGAGUCUGUCCUCAACGACGCCGUCGCCAUUGUGCUCUACCACUCGAUCCUCGACAUGGUCCAGCCCGACGCCGCGUUUACGCUCUGGACGGCCAUGGGCGCCAUGGCCCGCUUUCUCUUUGUCUCGCUCGGCUCGGUCACCAUCGGCGUCGGCGUCGCCCUCGUCUCGGCCGUCCUCUUCAAGUACACGGACAUUCGCCGCUACCAGUCGCUCGAGCUCUCGCUUGUCUUUGUCUUUUGCUGGCUCCCGUACCUCAUGGCCGAGGGUCUCCGUCUCUCAGGCAUCAUGGCCAUUCUCUUUGCCGGCAUUGUCAUGGCGCACUACACCUACUUUAACCUCUCGCCUACCACACAGAUCACCACACAGAAGGUCUUCCGCGCUGUCGCCUGGCUGGCGGAGACGUGCAUCUUUGGCUACCUCGGCAUCGCCGUCUUCUCCUUUGACCACUACCUCCACUUUGGCCUCAUCUUCUGGUCCAUUGUCCUCAUCCUCGUCGGCCGCGCCGCCAACAUCUUCCCGCUCUCCUCGUUAGUCAACGCCCGCCGCGCCAUCCAGAUCACGCCCAAACAUCAGGUCAUUAUGUGGUUUUCCGGCCUCCGCGGCGCCAUCGCCUUUGCGCUGGCUCUCAAGCUCCCGCUCGCCUCACGCACCAUCCUCGUCACCACCACCCUCGUCAUUGUUCUUUUCACCAUUCUUGUCCUCGGCGGUGGCACCCUGCCGCUUCUCAAGCUCAUGCGCAUGCAGACCACCGGCGGCUAUGUCUCUAUGUCCAAGACUGAGGAGCUCGACCCGACCGUCUCCAUCAACGACGCCGAGGAGGACGCGUCAGCCAACUCGGCCUCGUCGCCGCACCGCUCGCGAACUAUCCACGCCGAACCCGGCAGCCUUGACCUCUCACGCUCGUGGUUUGAGCGUAUCGACGACAAAUACCUCAAGCCAUUCUUCCGCGACAUUUACUCGCGCCGAGCCGCCCGCCAGGCCCAGAUCGAGCUUGAGGAAAUGACCCAGACCUGGUACUCGAACCUCAAGGACACGCUCGCGCCCACAGACGCCGCAGACGGCCACCUCGCCGCUUUCUCUGCCUACUCGCUUACCGACGAUGAAGCCGAUGACGACCUCGAGCCUGUCGACUCGGACAUCGCCGCUCUCCUCCCCUCGGCCCGCCACUCGUCGACUGCCGGCGGUGUCGGCCGCGGCCCAUCGUCCGACGCCCUGUGAGUAUCCUACUCGCGCUCGCUCGCCUCGAUCGACGGCGGCGGCUUUUCCCGCAGCAGCAUGUUGUCCAGCGCCAUCGCUGUGACCGAGUCGGGCUGCGCUGCAAUGAUGGUCCGGAACUGCGCCUCGCGCUUGGCCUUGGCCGCCCGCCGCCGCCGCGCCAUCCGCCGCGUCGUCGCAAACGCCUCCUCGAUUCCGAUCCGCUCGUUCUCUGCAUCGCGAAGAGCAGUCAGCCGCGCCACUACCCCCGGCGACGAGAGCAGCAGCGCUCCGUCGGCCCCGACCUCGGCGUCCGGCACAAGCACCCGCACGUUGAUUGUGUCGUACAUGCCGUCGUCCGGGAACGUGAUGAGCGAGUCAACUGAGAGCCGAGAAUACUCGUAGUCGGUCGCGUCGUGUGCGGGCUUACUCGCACCCGCCUCCCUCGCAGCUUCGGCCCGUGACAUGCGGGUCCGCGGCGAGUCCAGUGAAAUCACAGAGUGACGCCG